CUGGCUGCCGAGGAAUAAAAGAGGGUUGUCCUCCCCUGUGCGAAGAAACCCUAAGAGCGCCGCUGUGGUCUCCGAGCUAUCCUUGCGUCCUCCUCGGCCCCGAAGGCUAAGCAAUAAGAAAACAAAAUGUUUACUGCACGGAAGAAAAUCCAAAAGGAAAAGGGUUUGGAGCCAACUGAGUUUGAAGACACUGUUGCUCAGGCAUUCUUUGACUUGGAGAAUGGUAAUCAGGAGCUGAAGAGCGACCUCAAGGACCUCUAUAUCAAUUCAGCCAUUCAAAUGGAUGUAGCAGGCAACCGAAAAGCUGUUGUUAUUCAUGUUCCAUACAGGCUUCGAAAAGCCUUUAGGAAGAUUCAUGUGAGGCUUGUUAGAGAAUUGGAGAAGAAGUUCAGUGGGAAGGAUGUAGUUCUUAUUGCGACAAGGAGGAUUUUGAGACCUCCAAAGAAAGGUUCUGCUGUCGUGCGCCCUCGCAGCCGGACUCUCACUGCAGUUCAUGAUGCCAUCUUGGAGGAUGUUGUGUACCCUGCUGAGAUUGUUGGGAAGCGCAUAAGAUAUCGUCUUGAUGGCUCAAAGCUCAUGAAGAUUUUCCUGGACCCAAAGGAACGCAACAACACAGAGUACAAGUUGGAGACAUUCACGGGGGUCUAUAGAAAGCUUUGUGGAAAGGAUGUUGUCUUCGAGUACCCUGUGACCGAGAGUGCAUGAAAUCUUCAUGGGUAGAUUAGGGGCAUACAGCCUUUUGAAUCAAGUCAGUUUUGUUGACUUUGUCUUUUCAGUAUCAAAGUUUGUUUGAUUUAAUGUUCUGUUAAGUUAAAAAUGUUUUAGAAGACUGUUGCAGAAAUGUGAGCUUUUGAACUUGUUUAUCAUUAUUUCUAAAUCAUAGAGGUAUGGAAUCACAAAUUGAUGA